AUGGACCUUAUUCCCUUUGAUGUACAGCAAAAGCCAAAAGAAAUUGAUAGAUUGUUGAUGACCGUAUUGGCACUUUAUUUGUUAGCCCUUUGUUAUUUUAGUCAUGAUACUUUGAUGUCGGUCUUGUCAAACUUAACACCCAUCCUUGCAUCCACCGUCACACCUCCUUCUAGCCCUACCAACACGACAUCCCUAACGUCACCAAUGAAACCAACCUUCACGCCAACCUUCACGCCUGCCUAUGCACCUACAAUCGCACUUGUCACUACACACGAUGCCGCUUUUAUCUAUACUGAUAAUGCCGAAUUUGUUGUUGACAAUAAUUGUAUGCUAUAA